CGUUAUCGUGCUUAGUCAUGCAGAGAAGUCUCUGUCUGAGCAGAUUGCUAUGGUGCGAACAAGUGCGAUAAAGCUUCACAGUGAUGCUUUCUCUUACCUCCACCCUCAAACGCACACAACCUCUGAGGAACAUCAUCACCAUUGCGAUGUCAGAUUCCAAGAGGAAUCCCGCCAGAAGGCACCCAUAUCGUGGCAAGAAGCAGAUGACCACCAAUGCUGCUCCUCGCCGCGAUCCAGCACCACCACCGCGUGUAGCAACGCCUCCCCUUACGGCUCCUAUUCCUCUCGAUACCCCACGAUUCGCAGAUCUUGCAAAGGAGAACAUCAUCCACCCCAUCAUGCUCCAGACCAUCACGGAAGAUCUUAAAUUCGACCAUAUGAUGCCCGUUCAGGCCGCAACUCUGCACGACCUCCUAGCUCUCCGCAUUGACUGCCUGGCUCAAGCAAAGACCGGAACCGGCAAGACGAUUGCCUUCCUGCUCCCCGCGAUCCAGACUCUCAUCAACAAGAACCGCAGGCCAGGCUCUGGCAUUUCGCUCCUAGUCAUCUCGCCCACGCGCGAGUUGGCGAUGCAGAUUGCGAAGGAAGCUACGGCCCUGUUGCAGCGACUUCCUCAAUAUAAGAUCUGCUUUGCGAUUGGAGGCACGAACAAGAGUAGCGAGGAGAAGAAUAUCCUUAACGGAUGUGAGAUCUUGAUUGCAACUCCUGGCCGAUUGUUGGAUCACCUUGGCAAUGAGCAAAUCAGGGAUUCCUUCAGCACCCUCGACACCUUGGUUCUGGAUGAGGCUGAUAGAUUACUUGAUAUGGGAUUUAUGAACGCAUUGAAAGAGAUCAUUGGGUGCCUGCCUGACAAGAAAGCUACCAAUCGACAAGGGAUGCUCUUCUCCGCGACCAUCGCGCCGCAUGUCGAGAAAGUCGCUCACUUGGUCCUCUCCCCGAACUACAAGUUUAUCUCCACGAUCCCAGAAGGGGAAUUGAAUACCCACGAACGAGUACCUCAGCAACUCAUCGUCGCCCCCACGUUCUCUGACAUCCCCGCCGCAAUGGUAGGAGCCGUUCACUCCGAGCUCUCCCUCGUCUCCGCUCCCCUUUUCAAAGCCAUCAUCUUCGCUCCCACAGCCGCGCUAGCCGACUUCUACGGUGAAAUCCUCGCCUCUCUCCCUGGCCUACCCCAGGUCUCCAUUCUGCAUUCACGCGUCAGCCAGACGAAGCGUACGAAGGUGACAAAUGCCUUCCGCGACGCCGCGAACGGAAUCCUAGUCGCUACCGACGUUGUCGCCCGCGGUCUGGACUUCCCGCUCGUGACCAACGUCUUCCAAGUCGGCGUUCCGGCCGACAAGGAAUCGUACGUCCACCGACUCGGGCGAACGGCGCGCGCUGGCGCGGAAGGCCGAGGCACCUUCAUCAUCACGCAGAACGAGACUUUCUUCUCCAAGUGGACGCUCAAAGAGAUCACCUUCCAGCCCGCGGAUGCGGACCUCAGCGCCAAAGAGCAGAUCCGCAGCAUCGCCUCGCGCAUGGACGAGUCGAUGCACGCGAAGACCUACCAGGCGUGGUUAGGCUACUAUAAGAACCACUUGCGCGGCAUGGGAUGGGAUAACGAGCGUCUCGUCAGCGAGGGCAACCGUUUUGCUUUCGAGGGCUUGGGAGCCCCGGAGGUACCGCCGCUGCAGAAGAGCACGGUGGGCAAGAUGGGCCUCAGGGGAGUCAAAGGCCUGGUCGUGGUUCCAGAUGCGCCGCGAGUACAUCGCGGCGGUGGUGGGGGUGGAGAGGGCAGGAAUGCGGGGGCUGGUGGAAGAGGGGGGCGCGGGGGUGCACGUGGUGGCCGGGGCGGGAGGUAGAUGCUUGUAUGAAUGAAACUUGGCAGGGUCUUGGUCUUUCUUCUAUAGAGAGAGAGGAUAAAGACAUGACAUGGCAUGGCAUGGCAAAAUUCCCGGCGUCUGCGAAUUCAGGAGAAAGAAAAAAGAACAAGAAAAUUCCCUUUUGGCUUGCUUGGAUAGAGAUACCCAUAGCGUAGGCGCUCAUAGAGGUUGGGUCGUUCUGGUCAAUAAAAUAGAGAUAGAUAGAUAGAUAAGCUGUAACAAUAAAUACAUUCCAUCA